AUGCCGUUCAGCGAAUUCGGAGUCGAUCCUGACCUGAAUCGAGCAUGUCUUGACCUAGGCUGGGUGCUGCCGACGCCAAUACAGGCAGAGGCGAUCCCCGCGAUUCUAGGCGGACGCGAUGUUUGCGCGGCGGCGGAAACCGGAAGCGGCAAGACCGCAGCGUUCGCGUUGCCGUGCCUGCAGCUUGUCCACGAGACGCUGAGGGAGCGCGCUUCGGGAAAACGCCGACCGCAAGCGGUUGUUGAUGAUGCCAACGAUGAGCAGGCAUCGACGGCAGCCGUCGAAUCUGAAUCAGCUACUGCAGACGAUAACUUGCUAACUGUAGAUGGCGAUUCCGAAAUGCAGUUUGAUGCAACGACCAACACAUUUUUAACUAAUGCCGACAAAUGGUUCGGCGCCCGUUUAUGCAAACCCGUAGGCGGCACUGGUCGGUACUGUUUCGAGUGCCGGGUGGAGUCGGACGGACUUUGCAGGUUCGGGUGGGCCACGGCAAACUGCCAGUACGCAAUUGGGCUCGACAAAAACUCGUAUGGCUUCGGGUCAACUGGGAAGAAGAGCAACAGCGGAAAGUUUCUGGACUAUGGAGCGCCGUACGGGCGCGGUGACGUAUUGCAGUGCCUGUUGGAUAUGAAGUCGGGCGAGGUUGCUUUCAAGCUCAACCAGCGUCACCUGGGUGUCGCAUACAAAAUACGAAGCCCGGGUGAGCCGUUCUUCCCCUCAGUGUGCGCUAAAAAGGCCAAAUUUACUGUAAAUGUGCACAAAAUGACGUUUCCCGAGGAAGGAUACACGCCAGUUGGGUUGGCAGAGAGCUCAGGUGGCUCCGGCAGCUCCAAUGAUUCAGAAGGUCGCAGGGCCCAACGUGCCCUCUGCCUUGUCGUGGAACCGACGAUAGAGCUGGCGAGGCAAACUUUGGAGAAUUUCAAGCUGUACGCAAAGUAUCUCACUGCGCCCGCUAUCACCGUCUCUGACAACGCAGGGGCGCAUAUCGUGGUCACCACCUUGCGGAGCGCCAGCAAGGUGCCGACUGGCACCGUGCAGUUCCUCGUCCUGGACGAAGCCGACGAACUCAUCAAGCAGGACGCGAAAGCGACGUCGCAGAUAGUUCGCAGUAUGCGCAGCAGAGGACCGGGGCCAGAUAAAGGCCGCCUGCAGGUGCUCCUGUUCUCCGCGACGUUGCACAGCCCCGUUGUCGCAGAGAACGUGGAGCAGCUUACGCGCGAGGCCCAGUGGAUCGACCUCAAGGGGCACCCGCAAAUAGCCGACACUGUGGAUGUUUGCGCGGUGCAGCUGAACCCGGAGUGCACGUACGACUUCGAGCGCCAGUACCCUGAGCCGCCUCUGGACGGACUCGAGCACCUCGACCGGGCGUCGCGCCGUAUAAAGACGCUGAAGCCAAAGUGCCUUGUUGCGCUGCUCGACAAGCUCAACGUCUCCAGCGGGCUCAUUUUCUGCCGCACCAACCUCGACUGCGAGAACCUCUGCACGUACCUGGCGCACCUCAACAGCACGCGCAGCAACACGCUGAUCAACCGCUACUCGGCGACGCAGCUGGGUGGGAAGCUGGACCAGCACCGGCGCAAGCGUAACUUGGAGGAUUUCAAAAACGGCCUAUACAGGUUCCUGGUUUGCACGGACGUUGCCGCCCGGGGCGUCGACAUCGCCGGCAUGCCGUUCUGCGCGAUGCUGAACGUAUCGGAGUGUAAAUUCCAGUUCCUGCACCGCGUCGGCAGGGUCGGCCGCUCGCAAGCCAGGGGGCUGGCAAUCGUUAUCGCAAGCACCGCACCCGAGCGUGUCUGGUACCACACCUGCACCGGGCGGACACAGGGAGGGGGCGCCAAAUCGCGUUUCAAGGCGGCGUCGGUGUGCCGCAACUACGACACCGUUGAUCGCGGCGGAUGCACAACAAUACAGGACGAGCCCGCGUACAUGGCGGAGGUGCACAAGCUUGUGCCCCCGGGCAGGGAAAUCGGGACCAUAGACCCCAACGUGCUCCAGCUUCCGCCGUUAGGAGGCACGCAGUACGGCGAGGCCACGAUGUCAAUGCAACACACGGAGUUCCAGGGGCCCAUGCAGGAACUAUACAGAGCGUCACAGCGGCGGUACCUCGUGAACAUUCACCGCUCCUUCUAG